GGAUGGGCUGCGUGUCUUUGAGAGUCUCCCCUCAUGUUCCAGAUACUUCAUGUAACAAAUAUGGCAAGACUAAAGAAAAUUGGACUAGCCCAUGACACUUCUUUCUGUGCAGGCCUAUUUUCAUUGGCCCAUUACAAUUACUGCAUUUUUCAAUCAAGAGAUGCGAAUGUUGACGAGUCAUAGACCUUUGUCUACGCAUGGGAAAGGGAUGGGGAGUGUGAAUGUGCCAUGAGCUCCUGACGUUCUAGGGUGUUGGAUCAGUCUAUGCUUGUCCAAUGUGCCAUUGCCUAUGGUCAUUCACUUUAUCCCCCAAUCUUAGUUUUGCAUAGUGUGGUCCUCUCAUUUCUUUUGGCUUGCCAUGCUUGUGCAUUAAGAGAAGCUUGUUGUUUUGUCUGCCAAUUUAUAUCUCAAAAGGAAACAAGUAGUACACAAGCUUCUGGAGAAUCAUGUCAUGGGGACUUCGGUAGCAGAACAUUUAUUGACUUAAAUGCCACCCACAAAGUUGGUCUAACCUCAGCAUGUGAACCUAUUCAAGUUUCUUCUUUCUUAUUCCACUUCUCUUAGAUUCCCUCCUUGUCCUACUUCUUAAUAAUGUUAAGGAACAUGUUCAGUGCCUUUGUAUUAGAAACUUGAAGGAUGAAGAUACAGUGUGAAGUGUGUGAAAAAGCUGAAGCAGAAGUACUUUGCUGUUCAGAUGAAGCUGCACUUUGCAAGCCAUGUGACAUUACGGUUCAUGAAGCUAAUAAACUUUUCCAGAGGCAUCACCGAGUUCCUCUACAGAAACCUUCAUCCACCACAUCAUCUGCAGCUCCUCUAUGUGAUAUUUGCAAGGAGAGAAAAGGGUACUUCUUCUGCUUAGAUGACAGAGCAUUGCUCUGUAAUGACUGUGAUGGAGCCAUUCACAUUUGCAGCUCCCACCAAAGAUUUCUACUUUCUGGAGUCCAAGCUUCUGAUCAGUCUUUGACUAAAAGCUCCGGAUGCAGCACUAAUCUUAGCUCCGAAACUUACCACAUUCAGUCAAAAGCAUCUUUGAAUAGUCAAUAUUCCAGUGAGGAGAAUGAAGCCGGAAACUCAGGUGAGACAGACAAGACUCCUUCUGUCAUCUUAAGUCCUUAAAGAUACACAAAAUCAUGGAUGGUCCAUUCAUGUUUGUAGACUAAGUGACAAACUACUGAAUAUUUAUGUCUAAUAAUAACAGUUUAUGUAAUGAAGUCUAUAUAUAUACAUAGUUUCCUCUAGGUUCACCAAACAAUAGAAUUGUGUUAUUUCAUAUUCGAUAUCUUUUAAAAAAGGAAACAAAAUAUUGUCAAAUUAUUUUAUCUUUUUAAAA